AUGCGAAUCCGGAAGCAGGCGAAGCUCAUGGGGCGCAUGUUCGGCGGAAAUGGGUCGAGCUCCUCUGCCGAUCUCUCCCAGCCCAUUGGCCUGCAGUGCCGCCUCAACCAGUCGCCUUGGGACGCCAUGAUCUUCCCUCGUGAUUCAGCCUCCUCGCCAUACCAGGUCGUGGAUGGAGACGACAGCUUGACCGCGAAUGGGAGCUUGGGAGACUCUAUCGGAGCUGGCGAGAGUGUGGCUUCAUUGAAGAUAUCCACCGAUAGAGACGAAAACACUCUAAAAAAAAACCCUAAGAUGCAUCAUAUCUUCUCCAUUGGUGAGGAAAUGGAGAAGGUAGAGGCAAUAGAAGAGAAGAAAGACGAACCUGCUUUGUGCUGCAAGAGCGAUGGGAAAGGGUGGCAGUGCAAGAAAGCGGCGGCGGCUGGCCAUUCACUCUGCGAGCAUCAUCUGGCUCAGCUGAGAGCCUACAACAGCAUGUCACACCCCGCCGGCAAGAAAUCGGACAAGGAGGCCGAGAUCCGGCGCCGCCCCCGGGCCCGGAAACCCACUGCCGCCGCCAAUCCGAAUGAAUUCUACUACUAUUCCGGGUUUGGGCCGCGGUGGGGGAAGAGGAGAGGCAGCCGGGGUGAGGAGGGCGGAAACAGCUCCGCUGCCGCCGUCGCCGCGCCAGAACUCAAAAUUGAUAAUGAUCAUCCGGAGAUUGAUUAUGUUGAAGAUGACGAGAGUGAUGACAAUGAGAUUAAUGGAGAGGGGAGCAAUGAAUCUGGGAAGAAGAGGGUUCGGAAGCCCAUCAAGGCUAGAUCACUCAAGUCCUUGAUGUGA